CGUCUCUCAGUUGCGAUGGCAUAUUUCCGCCGGAAUUUACAGGUAUCGAUCUGAACAUUUUGCCAUUGUCUUCUAAUCCCUUCGGCCGGACGAGAGUGGAACACAACAACGCGGCGCCGUUAUGACGUCUGAGGGUCAGUGGCAAAUGAUAGUGCUCACCCUCACAUGCCUCUCCCCCGUCCGCUCCUCAGACGAAGAUCUGUUGGAUCGUGCGGCCGCACAAUUGACCAGGCUCUCGGCAUUCAGAAGAACGAAAGAGCCCCCAACAAUCCCCACCGACGAUCCAGGCCUCGCUGAGGCGCCGGCGAAUGAACAAACCCCGGAGGACAAUCAGAACCUCCUCAUGAAUGCUGAUGCCAUGAAGAGGAUUGACGAGCUGGCGCAAGCUGCUUACAAUCUCUACAAAGAUCCCAAUUACGACGCCAUGAUGCAGAGGAUAAAGAGAUCGGGAAGUGGGGAUUUUGUCUCGGGAAUUGCGAAUAAAGUUGUUGGCGGAGUGGUUGGAGCUGUUGGUGGACUCUCCAGUGGACUGUCCGGUGGCUCCAGUGGUCCGCAGGCUCAUGACUCUUAUGGGGCACCUGUUGAACCGUACGGACCAAAGCAAUUCAGCAUUUUCGACUUUAAAAAAGCCAUUCUAAACACUGUCCUCCAAGCACUAAAGGCCCUAGCUGGUGGUGCAUUAGCAUUGAAGGGCCAGCUGAUUAAAGGUGGGGGUUUCGUUGUGCAAACCAAAGGGCGCGUUAUCUCCUCUGCGGGUGAGGCAAUAUCCUCUCUCGGGUCUAAGAUAGCCAGCAGCGCUGUAAUUAGUGCACCGAAACCAGUGUACGGUGCACCAGGAUACUCGUACGAUGCUCACCACACACAAGAUGUUUCAUACGAUGGACCACCACCAAGUCCAGAUGCAACUUAUGCCGAUCAUAAUGUUUAUCACGGCCCGUACGGCAGCCCCUCAUCCGACAACCCAGCGGAGGAGCCGGGUCUGCUAAUAGUGAAAGACGCCAAGCCCGGAGAGUCCCCUCACCCGGAGGAUCACCGCCACAACUCCAUUCACGAGGACAACCCUCCCAUCCAGGACGAGCAUCACCACAACCACAUUCACGUCGAGACCCACCCCCCGGACGCAUCGCAGAGCGUGGGGAGCUUGGAGGAGAGCUUUGGAGGACCGCCCAAGGGCUCAACCGUCACGAAAUUCACUGGAGUGGUGACUGGAACAUUUGAGCCCAUUCAGAGUCAUCAAACGGCUCAGCAAACUAAUGGCAACGAUCAUUAUUACGUUGAGCAUAAGGAGCAGAGUGUUCAGGUGCCUCAGCACGAUGCGCCGCAGGCUCUGAGUCCGCCAGCCGCAUCGGACUAUCAAGGACAUCAUCAGGGACCCCCGCAGGAUGUCAAUCAUCAGAAUAAUCAGCAGGCAUUCCAGGCGAUUCAGGCGGGCAUCAAUCCUCACUUAGGAAUUAAUUUUCCCAACGAUCAGCCCCUGAAUUAUCAGAAUCAACAGCAUAACGGACAGCAAUUGAGUUAUGAUAAUCAGGGAUUUGUCGGGAAUUAUCAGGACCCGAGGAGUUACGGAUUCAGUGGACAAGUGGAGCCCCUGAAAGUCCCCAUUUUCGAGCACCAGAAUACCCUGGAUUCCGUUAACCUCGGGGUUCUCGGUCUACCCAACGCCUACGGGGUGCCCAUGCACGGAAUGGAUCUCGCUGGAGCCUACGGGGUCUGGAAGAGAAACGGAAUCUACAGGAUGAAGAAGGGAACCUACUGGAGGUACCGAGUCAGCGAUCCAAAGAUCCACAGGAUAUAGACUAAUUUGUGAUUUCAUUCGUGUGAUGAUGGUAUUUUUAUCGCUUUCGUGUUUUUUGUUGUGGAACAUCGAGGGAUUUUUUUUCUACUUUGUAAAUAUAUGUAUAUUUCGAGUUGUUUUCUAA